GUCGAAACGUUGUUAUGCUUCAUUUAUAUACAUCAUGAAUAAAUAAUAUUACCAUCACAUAUUCGCACAACAACACCCAUGUAUUUAGUUCCAACUGCCUGUCACAUUGAAAUUUAUAUAUUUUUAAAACUAUUUGUCCUUUCUUUGAAUUAUCUUUCAUAUAUUCUUUAUCUAGGCAAUAUUAGGCAGUAUGAAACAUACUGAAAAAGGUGUUAUGUAUACUCUUUCUCAUUCUUGGCUUCGGACCGGUCUUCUCAGUAGCGGAAGUAACAUAACAGUAAUUAAGUAAUGUGUUGAAAUAUUUUCCAACCUUCAUCAAUAUUAUGGUAACAAAUGGCAAACACGGCGAAAACUUUUAACUCCUACUUUUCAUUAUAAUGUACUGAAAAACUUUGUUGAUAUUUUCGUCAAGGAGACAAAUAAAAUGAUUGUAAACUUGAAAAAUAAUAAAAGACCAGUUAUAAAAGAGUUACGGCCAUUUGUAAGCGAACAUAUACUGAACUUAAUAUGCGAAACAGCUAUGGACGUUUCGCUAAACAAUUCUACUGGAUCCAAAACUUACCGUCAUGCUUUUGAACAGAUGAGUGAUAUUCUUAUGCAUAGAGUUACAAGACCUUGGCUAUAUAAAGAGUGGAUAAAUGCAUUGUUUCCAACAGGCAGGCAACAGAAAAGUUCUGAAGACCUUACAUGGUUUCACAGAAAAAAUUAUUGCGGAGAGGAAACAUUAUCAUAAAAUUGAGUAGAUAAGUCCUCGUGAAAUCUUCGUAACGUUCGGACAAGGCCAAUACGAGGAAGAAACAAGUUGUUUGCGUAUUGAGUGUAGAUAUUUAUUAACUUAAAAAUACCAAACGUUUCGAUCCUGGUUUUGGAUCAUCUUCAGUGGUAACUACAAAGUUUAAUAUAAAGGAAUAUAAAUAGUGUUCGUGUAUAAUGGAUUUUUUACAAAAACCAAACAAGUAUUUAAAUGUCAUCAAACUUACAAUGCUUUUUUCGAAAAAAUAAUUAAACAAGGUCUUGCAUCAGCAAGUGAAGACAAUGCUCGUAAAAAUACAAUUCAAUUCCUAAGUGGUGUCUAAAAAGUAUUCGUGAGUUAAAAUCAGAGGUAUAAAAUGUGAAUAUAUAAAAGCGUCUAUUACUUGUCACAAAGGAAUAAAGUCGUUGAACUGCACGGUGACGAAAAACAUUAUCCCCACUGAUAAUGGUAGUACUGAUGCUCAACCUUCGUAUGCUGUCGGAAC